CAGGCUGUCCCACAUGGGGAGCCUUAGCAUGUGAGCGUGCACACGCAAGCGUCAAGCUUCACACCCCAGCAGGUCCCUGAGCAGGCGGCCCCGGGCGCGGGCCGUAUUCCAAAAGCCGUUCCCCACAUCUAGCCGCAGUUCACGAUUAACUUCAUGAACUUCCUCCAGCAAUUGGCUGGCGCAUACGUUCAACCACCGCCACCACCGCCACCGCCAGUGGCUGUCGUCACUAUCGAGAAGCUCCGGAAGAAUGGAGCUAAGGAAUUCCUAGGCGAUCGGAUCGCCGACCCCAUGAUCGCCAAACGGUGGUUUGAGCGAACCACUCGAGUUUUGGGAAACCUGAGGGUCCCACUGAAUCAGCGCGGCGACCUCGCAGUCGCAUUACAUCAGGAUUCCACCUACAACUGGUGGAAACGCGUGGGAGCAGACGUCCCUGAGCCCGUGCAUUAGGCCACUUUUGAGCAACUCUUCCAUGAAGAGUACAUUCCAGAGCACUUUGUCGAGGCGAAGCAGGAGGAGUUCCUGAAGUUCACUCAAGACUCUGGAUCGCGACCCAUUUAAAAAUAUUUUCAGAGUAAUACGGAAAUACAAUAAUAAUCAAAUCAUGACACAUUUUAAAAUCUGAUGAUCAACAUUUGCCUGCCAUCCUUGCAUCUCCUCUGACUCAAUGCCCUCCGGGACUGGUUCCAUCAUUGUCUUCUUGUUACCUACGUGUAGUCAACGAAAAAUAAAAACUACACGCUCAGCGAAACCGCUGAGUGGUACCACGCUAGAACUGUAGAAUGAUUCUCAGACAUAUACAUAUACAUGUAUAUACGUCCACAAAAUGUAUAGUAACAUUCAUGAUAUGGCACAUAUUAUUAUAUGGUCAAUUUGAUAAAUCAUGAUGAUAAAUAUUUAAUGAUAAUUACAUGAUGGCACAUUUAAUCAAUUUGCUUGUGAGGAUGAUUACAUGAUACCUAUGUAAUCAAUAUACUUUUUCUUUAUGAUGAUUACAUGACACCUAUGUAAUCAAUGUAAUUGUACUUGAUGAUGGUAACAUGAUGCAUGAUCCUAUAACUUGCAAGGACACCCUUGCGCUAUGAGAUUCGCCCAUUUGGUACGACGAA